AUGAAAUUUGUUGGAGAGCAAAAUAUUGGUAAGCUUAAUAACAUACCCCGUGCCUUAGCUGAGAGGGAAAUUGAAAAAGAAAGUGAAGAAAUUAGCAAUAACUUUCUACUAUUAAUUCCCGGGUAUUACAUUACCUUAGAAAGCGCUUGUUGGAACUGGCUGAUUUAUAUCUUUAUAUUGAAAGCCAAGUUCCUGGUUCUAUUAAUUGGUUAGGUCGGGAAAAGGGCCAUUUUCUGGUUGCCUUGGGAGCAGAUGGUGCUCCAUUCGGCAAAUCAAAUGAAGCUUGUUCAUGGCUUGUCUCUUUCUUGAAUGUUGUUGAAAAAGUAGCAAGCCCUGAUCACAAUUUUCUUAUUUGUGGUGCUGAUUGCAAAGAAGACCACCCAUCAAUGGUGGAAUAUGCAAAGCAUUUAAGAUCUGAAGUCACAAGUAUAGAAAGUAAAACCUUCAGUGUAAGAUCUCAGGAAGUAAAGUUUGAGAUCAAACUAAUACCAGCUGAUAUGAAAUGGCUUAGCACAUUUUCAGGUGAAGUUGGUGAACUAAACAAUGCGGCCACUUACCCAUGUCCUUUUGCUAAUGUGAAAAAAGAUGAGCUUAAGUUAAGGGGUCACAGUUUGGGAAAUGGACCAGAGCACAAAUGGUAACCUUGGUCAUACAAAUCUAGAGAAGUUAUUGCAAAAAAGGUUGCACAAUAUAAAAAAGGUUAAAAAAAUACUUGUGAAAAAUGCUUCUCAAAGUCAGCGUGAAAAGGUUUGCAAGAAAAUUGCUGAAUUGAAGUCGAGGCAAGACUUUGAGCCUCUUCUUGGUCCUAUGGUCCAACUUGCCAAAUGUAAUCCCUUGCACUUGGGAAACAACUGCUGGGGGCACUGGCACAUGCUUCUUUUUAGCCAUAUCAUGACCAAUGCUAAAAUUGGCAACUCCAUAAAAUCUGUGUACCAAUUGCCUGAAACCAACCCUUUGCGUAAACAUUUAAAAGUGCUUAGGUUUAAAAUUAAGUGCAAGAGGUUGUACAAUAAAAUAAUACGGUGGUUUAAAGAGAAGCGUGGCAUGUCUAAUUUUGAGUGUAGAUUCACUGGAGAGGAGACGAAAAAGUUUUGCGAUGGUUUCACAUAUCUCAUCAUAGCAAACAUUGAUGAAGAUAUUGAGAAACCCAGCAAUGUUUUUCCUCUAUCUCUUUACAAGAUGGGUAUUCACCUUAGGAACAGCAUAUCCCUUACUAGUAGAGUUUCUGAUAUUUGCAGUACUGACUUGGCAAAACUUGAAUGUGAGUGCAAGCAGUACUUCAAUUUAUCAUCUCUUUUUCACUCUGUAAAUUCAGUGUGUGGUCAAAGGGACAUGCUGUCCCAUUUCAUACCAAACAACUUGUUGAAGACUUGGGAGUGGGUCUCGGAAUAAACUCUAUGCAAGUACGAGAGUCGAAGCAUCAACAAAUUGCUUCCUUUGCAGAAUUUUCCUUAGUUAAGAACAGAUGGGAAAAGGUCUUUAGACACGAGUAUAUGUCCUUGAUUUGGUUAAGGAAGCAAACUCCACAUCUGGAUAGUUACAGGAAGUGCAAGGAUAAGUACUCUCCAGACCGAUGCUUCAACUCUGGUUAUUGCUUGUGUGGCAUUGCACUUAGUGAUAAUGGUGAAUGUAAAUAUUGUGGGUCAGACCUAUCAAAUGAAAUAAGUACUUGUGCCAUCACUGGAAGCAUAACAGAAAUAAUGAAGAAAAUACUGAGGCAUGCUGAAUGUGGGAUGCAAUUUCUGAAAAGCUAG